AUGAGAUACAGCAACUGGGAUGUACUCCUGUUCCCGGAGCGUUCCAGAGUGCCUAUCCAGGAAUUCCGGACACAGUGCUGUGUCGUUGGCGAUAAAGACUCUCCCUAUCUUAACGCUCCCUAUUUUAAUUCGCAGCUCUUUUAUGCUCAACGCUCCCUGGGCCAGUUGCCCGUUCUCACUUCUUUCAUACCGAGUUUGCCCGCUCAGAGCCCCUUUCGCAUUUCGAUUCAUAGCUGGGAAAAGCCGCAGCCGUCCCGGAUUCUGGAGAGUUUGAUGCAUCCGGAUGAUUGUGUUUUGUAUGAGGUUAGGAUUUAUACAGAUAAUGUCUGCGUGGCAGGGAGUCUCUUCGGUCCUCGUACUGCCUGGCCACAUCUUUUGGAUUUCAGUUCUCAGGUCGACAAAAACGGAACGCAAGAAGUACUCCGUUUCCCCCAGUUUCAUCCCGAGGUCAUAGAUUCAUAUGUCUGGGAUGCGGCUGAGACCCAUGGCCGCCUGAGAGUCGUCAUUUCAGAGGGAUUCUCGCGUCCCAAUCGGUCGCCGCCUUUUGAGAGGGUGAAGGAUGUUGUGGUGUUCUCGUUUCAACAUGCCCCCCUGACCUGGCCUAAUCCAAACAUGUGGAACCAGCUUCCUACGAACCUGUUUAGACAUCAACUUAGUUAUGGAGGAUAUGGAGGAGGCAACACAGGAGGAUACGGGGCAUUCCCUGAAUACGAUAGCCACAAGAAAAACGACGAGCUCCAUGCACACUCGCCAACUCGCCAUGACACAACACGCUACGAGCCUUCUCGAGUGAAUGGAUUCGAAGCCAGCUAUCACAAUACCUACUCAAAUGUACCUCAAUGGGCACAUAAACCAAUAGUCCCAACAGCAGUACCGGAAUCGGCGCCGGCACCCCUUCCAGCAAUGAAUUGGCCUGGCUUCACCAUGGAUCCUAGACUCAAUUUACAUCCUACGAAUUUCGGAACUUUUCAAAAUCAAGGUGCCGGCUUUAUGGGAUCAGCAGAUCCGUUCAUCGAACCACUGCUAGCCCAUCGCUUACGUCAGACUCAGCGCAGUAUAGACGAUGUUUCGAUGCCUGAUGCAGGGCCAAUAUCUGUGAGCAGUCGCGCCAUGUCUAGUGUGAAUGGUAUGAGUUACGAGCAUAGUCACCAAACAAGUAUGGCUGCUUCUCAAGAAGAUGACUCAUUGAGUUUCAUGGGACCCAUGAAUCCCUCAAAAAUACAUACAACCACUGCUACUACUGCCUCGACCCAACAGACAACUGUUCCUUCGAUGCCGCCUGUAUCUCGGCCGUCCGCGGCUGCUCUGGCUCGCUCCGAGUCAUAUUCGAAGAGGAAUUCUCAAGCAGAUCCGAAGGAUAUCAGGCAAAUUUCAGGGUCUAGUACCAGGUCUGGUCAGACAGAUAGCGUUGUCGAGUCGAUUUCCACCCGAAAGGUUGUUGUCAGCCCUAAAGGCCAAGUCAAGGGGAAGAAAGAGAGCAAAGGACUCACCAAAAGGAGUAACCGUGUCGAGUCCGAACCCGCCAGCGAGCCAUCCAGCAGGGAAGUGUCCAGGUCAAGCACUCACCAUCCACAUGCCGUAGUACGCACUACUGAGAGCGUCGUGCAUGUGUCUAGCGAGACGAAGCGGAAGAGGCAUUCCAAGGCGCCGGACGAGGCGUCUCAGACAAGCGAGUCGCCCACCAAAAAGAUAUCUCGUGUUGAGAAGGCGCAUUCUGUGGCCGAAGACGAUGACAUUGAUUGA